AUGCAAGCCGUGGAAUUCACUCUCUUUUCCAUCGACGAGGACCUCGUCGAUGAGUGGAAGGGCUCUUUUCAGGCUCUUGUCCCAUCUGAUCUCCUGGAUCACACCUCGUUCGUCCACACCAGCUUCAAGGACAUGACCACAACGUUCGACUGUCUCGUGUCGCCGGCCAACUCCUUUGGCAGGUUCGACGGGGGCUUCGACCAGAUCCUCACCGAGACUCUCGCGCCCCCGGAGGACCAAUCCGCUCUGACGCGCGUCGCGCAGGCCGUCCUCUACGAGCGCUGGGUCGGGUUCGCACCCCCAGGAACUUGCACCCUCGUCCCGCUCACCGAUACUCCGUGCUCUGCGAAUCGGGUGGGAUGCCGCUAUGUCGCGCUAUGUCCGACAAUGCGCCUCCCGGCCUCCGUCUCGUGGCACAAGGAGAUCGUGCACAACUGCGUCUGGUCCCUCCUUGUCGAGAUUGACCGGCACAACCGUCAAGCGGCCGCUGACGCGAGUCUCGCCCCCAUCCGGUCGGUCGGCAUCACCGGCUUUGGCACUGGGGUUGGCGGCAUCUCCGCCAAGGUCUGCGCGCGCCAGACCGCGCUCGCGUUCGCGUACUUUCACGACGCGAAGACGAACCCCGAGAAAUGGAAAUCGCUGUCCUGGCACGCCAUCAAAGACAUGCCCCUCGUUCGUCGUCUUCCGAUGGAUGACUAG